CUUUCACUUCGGUAUUGUUUGUCGAAGAGAAUCGAAAAUGGUGGUGAAGGUGUACGGUCCCCACUGUGCUUCCACCAAACGGGUGCUGGUUUGUCUCAUUGAGAAGGAGAUCGAAUUUGAGGUUGUCCCUGUCGAUGUCACUAAGGGCGAGCACAAAAAUCCCGAGUAUCUCAAGUUACAGCCCUUUGGAGUUGUUCCCGUCAUCCAAGAUGGAGACUACACCUUAUAUGAAUCACGUGCCAUAAUGAGGUAUUAUGCAGAGAAAUACAGAUCUGAAGGGGUUGAGUUGUUGGGGAGGACAGCAGAAGAGAGAGGUGUAGUGGAACAAUGGCUGGAAGUUGAAGCACAUAACUUUAAUCCACCGGCGUAUGAUUUGGCCGUGCAUGUUCUGUUUGGUCCAUUAUUAGGCAUCACUCCAGAUCCAAAGGUGGCGGAAGAGAGUGAAGCAAAGCUGGUGAAGGUGUUGGAUGUUUAUGAGGAGAGACUGUCAAAGAGCAAGUAUCUGGGUGGGGAUUUCUUCAGUCUUGCUGACAUAAGUCAUCUUCCAUUCACUGAUUACAUUGUGAAUAAGAUGAAUAAAGGGUAUUUGAUUAAAGAGAGGAAGCAUGUGAGUGCUUGGUGGGAUGAGAUAAGCAGUAGACCGUCGUGGAAGAAGGUUAUCGAACUCUACCAACCUCCGAUCUAGUUCUUCAAUGGAGUCUGCAACUAUUGUCAUUUAUCUUUCUACGUGCUUGUUCUCUGUAAUAAGUGUACUUUUACACUGUUGUCUGAAACUAAAUAAAUAUCUGUUUAACAA